GUAUAUGGUCCACCCACAUAAGUCGUGAGCUGCUAAACGCGUCUUUUCUAAGCUUUGAACGCUAGCGCAUAAGCAGCAGAGAGGGUGAAAACUUGAUCCAGAGCUGCUCUUUGGGCAGGAUGGGCUAAGGAGUGAUUGACACAAUGGCAGAAGUGCUCAGGAAUUCGGAGCUGUCCGUGAAAGAGGCUGCCCUGCGCAUGCUGGACCUGCCUCUGAGCGUCUUUUCCUCCCUCCCGCGGGUGAGCCUGAGCGCCUGCACCAAGAAACUCGUCGCCGCCACUGCCUUUGGUGCUGUCUCUCUGCUCUUCCUCGCCCACCAUUUUAGGAGGAGGAAGGGCAAGAAAAUAGCAGACUUGCCUCAAAGACAAGAGAGCUUUGAUUUCCGCACUGCAUUUCCCCCACCAAGAGAUGCUACCUGUAGUCGCCAGGGCCUGAAUUUGCCUCUGCACCCCAAAAAUGGCUUCUCCCGCAACAUGAUGUCGCACCGCGGGCUCUACGGCAGGCUGUCCGGAUCGCUGCAGAGCCUGGCCUCGGUGCAGAGCCUAAACUCCUGCAGCACCUGCACCUGCGCCAAUGUGUCUGUGUGCUGGGAUAGAGGGGACGAUGGCAGUGCUGUUCCCAACACGGUGGGUGUCCCUGUCACCACCCCAGAGAAUCUCUACCUGAUGGGGAUGGAACUGUUUGAGGAGGCCCUGCACCGCUGGGAGCAGGCACUCUCCUUCCGCAGCCGGCAGGUGGAGGACGAGGCCAGCUGCGCCUCCGUCAAGCUCGGAGCCGGAGACGCCAUAGCAGAGGAGAGCGUGGAGGACAUCAUCAGCGCGGAGUUUAUCCGUAAACUCGAGGCACUCCUGCAGAGAGCCUACCGCCUCCAGGAGGAGUUUGAGGGAGCCCUCGGUAUGAUGGACCCCUCCUCACACUCCACAAAUGAGAAAUAUCCUGAACUUUCCAUGAGGGACGACUGGGAUGACCCGUAUCUGAGGGACUCUGUGAGCGUUGCCUCUACCGACUCCUUUGUGUCUGCUGCUGAGCUGUCUGAGCACAGGGAGCUGAGAAGUGCCCUGGGUCUUGGACCCCUAUGUCAUUACCCCUUCUAUGAGGAGGCGCUGCAAAUGGCCGAGGAUGGCAAGAUCUCCUGCAGAGUGCUCCGAACCGAGAUGCUCGAAUGUCUUGGGGACACCGAUUUCCUUGCGAAGCUGCAUUGUAUACGCCAGGCAUGUCAGGUCAUUCUGCAUGAAAGGGCGACCAGAAUGUUUCUGGCCGACACGGGGAAGAAGAUCCUGUCGUCGAUCAUUCUGAAAGCACAGAAGAGCCCCAAGAGGUUUGAGGAGGCUUUCGAGGAGAUGAUUUGCUUUCUGGAGUGCUCGGACCACUGGGAGAACACGGAGGUGGAGUUGGCGACAAGAGGGGUGAAGCAUAUAAACUUCUAUGACAUUGUCCUCGAUUUCAUCCUCAUGGAUUCCUUCGAGGAUCUGGAGAAUCCACCCAUCUCCAUCCAGAACGUUGUGAACAAUCGCUGGCUCAACAGCUCCUUCAAAGAGACAGCUGUUGCAUCAAGCUGUUGGUCCGUUCUGAAGCAGAAAAGGCAACAUAUGAAGGUGCAGGAUGGCUUCAUCGCCCACUUCUAUACCGUGUGUGAGCACAUAAGUCCAGUGUUGGCAUGGGGCUUCCUGGGUCCUAAAAGCUCCCUCCACGAUUUCUGCUGCUUCUUCAAGGACCAGGUGCAGUCUUUCCUGAAGGACAUCUUUGACCUGGAGAAGGUGCGUUACUGCAGCGUGGACGCUCUGGCCGAUGACGUCCUCCACCUGCUCCAGCGCCGCUCUGAGCUGCUCCUGGCCUACCUGGGUACCACCGACCCCCUCCGCCAGCUCAGUGGCUGCACUGGUGCGCCGCCGCAAUUGCUGCCCGGUGCCCUGCUGGACGCCCGGGUGCAGUGAGCCUCGGACACUUCCUCUCCCUGUACUGGACAUGAGUGGAGUUUCUGGGGUGGGACCAGGAAUGGCGCAUUCCAUCGCCUAUGUACAAUUCACAUGUGCAUUCUUCGGUUUAGGAAGAUGAUGUCCUUGCAUUCAGGAUGUAAUUUUCUGACAAAUCUCUGCAAAGGUGAUUGGUAUGACAUUGCAUAAUUAGGAUGAUUCUUCCAUAUGCUGCUCUGUUUGGUCAGUUGAUGGCUGAUCUUUUCAUGAGUUAUUUAUUUGACAUGUCAGUUUUUAAAUUCUUUUCUGUGCUAUUUGACAUCAUGAAGAAGUACUCAGACAUGUUAAACUAAGUCAUGGGAAAAGGAUUACCUCUAGCUUGAAAAGGAUUUUUUGGUUAACUCCUCCCAUGUGUUUGGAAGAGCCUUUCUUUCUAAUUUUUAGCUUCUUUCUUUGUUUUAUAACCCCCUACUCAGCAAGAUCUUACAGCUAAACAGUGGAAAGCAGUGAGUGAGACUACUAGUCUAGAGCCUCACUGCUGUGCAUACGCCUGGCCAAAGUAACCAGGAUAUGUGGACUUUUCCAGCACAGAAGGCCCAAACCCCCCUCUGCUACUGUGUGCUUUUAAGGACCUGCCACAUCAGUGACCUCUACGUCCUUACUGAAUGUGUUUGAAGGGUUGUCGUCACAUUGUUCCUUAGAUUAUGGCCUUAUUAGCAUGUGGUCUAGAUGAACUGUAGGUGGCUGUAGUUGCUGUGGGGGUUUUUUUAAACUUGUUUUUUGCUGUCUGGCUAGACUUCUAUAACAGCCUGUCUGCUCCACUAAACUUUAAUGUGUGUGUUCAGCAAAAACCAGGCAAGUUUAUCUAAGUGUCAGAAACUAAAAUCCUCUAUGAAUGAACAGUCCCCAAGGUUGUGUUAUAACAAGAAUACAGUGUGCACAUGUAUGAGCUAAGAGAAGGCCUGUAUAAAGAUGAGUCUUGAGGACUAAUGGUGGUAAAAAGGCUUGCUUACAGAUUGGGAAUGGAUACAUCGCCUUGUAAACUAACAUGCAUUCCCAAACACACACUGGAACAUUGAACUGAUAUUACUAUUUACUGAUAAAUGAUGCUUCUUCUUUUUUUUUGUCGUCAGAACCAAGAAUGUAUUGUGUAAGAUAACUGUACAGUCUGUCCUAUGAACCAUGGCUCUAGCUUGACUUUAUAAUGUUCAAUGAAGCUAAACAAAGAAUUUGGCUUUAAACUUUACACACCCUUAUAUUUUAACUUCUCCAGUGACUGAUUUGGGCUGUGUGGGUCAUGAACACCAAUAAUGGAAUAAGAUGCACAUAAAUACAUGUGUAUAUAAAUAAAUAUACAUAUAUGAAUACAACAAGGGAAAAAUAUAAAUUGGGACCAUUUUAAAAGAAAUACAUCUGUCUUAAGAAAAGAAUGUAGACAGUAACCAAAUUUUGAAUGUGGUGUAGAGCUUUGGCUUUAUAUUUUUUGAUGAUGCCUUUUAUAUUUUACUUAUUACAAUUAAUUGUAUAUUUGUGUGAUGAAAGAAAACUCACGUUUAAAAAUGCCAGAAACUGGCCUUAUUAUGACAAGUACAGAAACUUAAUUACAGGGAAAAAUGGCUGGCUUUAAUGUAACAAAUCUCUCAUAGGCAACUUAAUGACACUUGCUGAGCUAAAAGUAAUCUCAUAUAUAGUAUGAAAUCUAUGGUAGUUUUAUGAAACAAGGCCCCUGUGAAGUUUGGAAGAAAAGGCUGUAGGCUAUUCAACAUAUCCUCAGUCACUGAAAUUAUGUGACCAGUUUCCAUGACAACUCCAAAUUAAAGCUUUUCAGCUGUAAUAAAAUGUUCAGCUUCACUAUGCAACCAUUUCUGAAUCUAAACUGGAAUUCUCACAUUCUGGUUAACUGUAGCCUAUGUCCACUAAUGUGCAUGUGUCUUAUCAGCAUAAUGGCCCUGUGUGGGCUAAUUUGUGAUACUGAAUAAAUUGCCAUCCUGUGAUAAAACAAACUUUA